ACACCCAGAACCUCUGUUGCCGUUUGGGUUGCCGCCUCUUCCCCAACGGCACGGCCCACAGCUUCUACGAGGUGACCCUCAACGGGACGGCUUUCCUCACCUUCCACGUCCCCAACGCCACCUGGGAACGGCGCUGGCCCGGCAGGGACGCGGUGGCCACCUUUGCUGAGAAGGAGCUGAUGAAAUACGCCGUGACCACCCAGGACCUCCAACAUUUCCUCAACACCACCUGUGUCGGCAUCCUGCGGGCUCAAAGCGCCGGGACGGGAAAACAGCGCAGCCGGUCGCACGCCCCGCUGGUGCUGGGCUUGAUUUUGGGGACCUUCACCUUGCUGGGCAUGGCCGUGGGGGUCUUCUUGUGCACGGGAGGGAGCUGUUAG